CAGCUGUCUUUUGUGUUUGUCACUAGCCUCUCUGGCCUCUACUUACUCUUUGAUUUCUCUUUGCUGGAGCUUUGAAAACCUUGUCUGCAAUCACAGUGCCGUGUCAGAUGGCGGCUGAGUCAGCAGCUGCAGGUGGCCUGAGGAUGUCUGGUCACCGUCAGCGCUCCGGUGAGGUGAAAAGGAGGAGGUGGGGAGGUUUGAGGCAGCAGUGGAAGCUUCUGGGCUUAUUUGAGAUCGAUCAACACCAUGAGUUCUACAGCCUGACCUGCAUGAUGAAGGAGGGAUUGGCAGCAGCCAUCCAAAUCACAAUCGAAAAAGCACCUACAAAUGAACUGUCGGAUGAUGAUUUCAGAUUAGAGAUCACUCAGAUUCAUAAGGAUUUUGCAAUGGAGACGUUUGCAGGCCCGGUGUUUGCCAGUCUGCGUGGCUCUUUAGGAAUGACAGAGCAGGAGUAUCAGCAGUCGCUCUGCUCUGAAAACUGCUACCUCCAGUUCAUCAGCAACUCUAAGAGCAAGGCUGACUUCUUCCUGACAAAUGAUAAACGCUUCUUUUUGAAGACCCAGAACAAAAGGGAAAUAAGAUUCCUUCUGGCCAACCUGAAGAUAUACAUGGAACACUUGAGGAAAUACCCCCAUUCACUGCUUGUCAGGUUCCUAGGUGUUCACAGGAUCAAAAUCCCACACAGACGAAAGAAAUACUUCAUUGUUAUGCAAAGUGUGUUUUAUCCAGAUGAUCGAAUCAAUGCCAGGUAUGACAUUAAGGGCUGUGAGGUGAGCCGCUGGACAGAUCCUGCACCAGAGGGAAGCCAGAUUAUUGUGGUUCUCAAAGACCUUAACUUUGAAGGCCAGUACAUCACUCUGGACCAGCAGCGUCCCUGGCUCCUGCGGCAGAUGGAGAUUGACACACAAUUCCUCCGGAGGCUCAAUGUGUUGGACUACAGUCUCCUCCUGGCCCAUCAGCCCUUACACCAUGAUGAGCGCCACCAGAGCCUCUCCUUCGCUACUCUCAUAAUGAGAACCAAAAAAUCUGUGAAUCCAGGCUCCAGCCCCAUCCACGCAGGUGUUGCUGCUGUUCCAGGGGCAGUCCCAGAAGAUGACUCCUCUUUACUUUUAUCUGAAACACAUGGCGGCUGUUUGACACAAGCACAGGUGGGAGAUGCACCAAGUGGUGGCACUCUGCUGCCUCACUGUCUGUCUGGGCCAGGCAGUGAGGCAGCAGAGCUUCCAGACUUCAGGGCCCAAAACCGUCGUUUACUGCCCAACUUAAAGAAUCCUCUGCACAUCAUCGAUGGGCCUGACCAGCGCUACUUCAUUGGCAUCAUUGACAUUUUCACAGUUUACAGUUUUAAGAAGAGGUUGGAGCAUUUAUGGAAGAGGCUGAGACAUCCAGGCCGGACCUUCUCCACUGUCAGUCCACAGACUUACUGUGUCAGGCUAUGUCAGUGGGUGCAGAACCAUACCAAGUAAACCCUGUAGACCUGAUAUGAGUGGGGGGCACUGUCAAACUGAGCAUGUCCAAACAACCAAAUGUCAACCAAAGUUCCCACUCAUGCACACACAUGAAUCAAGAAACAAGUUUAUAUACUGUACAUCUGUUCAAUGGUUCCAAUCCUUUCGUCUUUCCACAUGUUCAGGACACAUCCUGUUCAUUCUCAUGGGUGUUGAAUUAAAGUUACUGAUGGGAACAAAUUGAAGAUGAGAAACAAAAAUUCCUAAAUAAACCUUCUCUGUAAAUAAGGCUCAGAAGCAAACAUGUGCAUUCAUCAGCGAAAGUUAUUUAUGUCAUCAAAGAUUAGCCUCAGCAGCUGCAAAUGCACAUCGUCACAGCUGUAACAGCCCGGAUCAAUGUGUGCCAAAGUGGAUGAUCUGCACAUACUGACAUGGGUAGAUGGCAAAUUUUACAUCAUGAACAUGCAGAUGCUUAAGCAGUAGAGGUCUUAGGUCCUAAAUAACCCCCUGAGAAAAGAGUCGCUGGUGCACACUUUCUAGUCCACCAUGGUUCCAGGUUGGGUCUAACUUUUCAGAUUUAUAGUUGGUUUGCGCUGGUCUGAAUUGGUAAACAUGUUGCAUUUUCUCCUCAGUGCAGUUUCUUUUCACACAGAAAAAAAAUCAUAUUUACCACAAUGCUUCAGUAAAAGCCACAUGAGAAUGUUGACUCAACUCAUAGUCUAAAGUGGGAGUCCUAAAGAAGGUCCUAUCUGAAGAAUAAUUUGUUUUGAUUUGUUUUGUUCCACAGCCAAUUACCUGAUACAAUUGCUAUUUUCAGAUAUGCCCAAAUGCAGGGCUGGCUCUGACUAUGUUGGUGCCCUAGGUGAGAUUUUAAUUUGAAGCCCCUAAAGAUUUAGAUUGGAGCCCCCAAAAAAGUGCAAACUCCAGUCCAAGAACUUCAGAUAUGAAUUCACACUACAAUCAAUUGCCACAAUGGUACCUCCAGCCCAGACAAGGUCCUCCCAGUCCUCCAGAGAAAAAGAGUGUUUAGUGGCAUUGCCUGAGGUAGCACAUGAAGUUCGGUGGCUUUCAUGCGAAAACUGACUGAACAGUAAGGCUUUGGAAAAUCUAAUCAGAUGACAAUGCAAGUUAAUGAGACAAAAGGCAGGAAAAACAUAGGGAAUAAGAACAUAGGGGAUAAGAAGGGAAACUUUCCAAAAAAAAAAAACCCUUCCCUUAUUUGGUGCCCUUAGCAACUGCUUAGGUCAGCCCUGCCCAAAUGAACUGUGCUGAAAACCAUUCAACUAGAUUAAACAACACUGGUCAGAAAAUACUUUUAAAUAUCUGUCACAAGUGUGAAAGGAGUGGGGGAAAGUUGGAUAUAAUGUGCAUCACAUAGUGCCUGUUUAGACAGCCAGUUGAUUAGGGCCUAAUUGAGAAACACUGAAUGAAGUGCUAUACAUGUGUACAAUGUAAGGUUUGAAAGUAUCCCUAAAAGCCAGAGAUUCACCCAAUACACUACACACUACAUUACAAUGUUGUCUGGUUUUAUUGCCAGGAAUCUCCAGUUUAGCUUUUAAUCUCUUCAGAAUUUCUUGAUUUUAACCUUUUUGUGUUGAUGAUACAGUGUUCUUUAAUUAAACUGUAAAGACUUGUGCUUUCUCUUCAUCCUGAAAAAAAUGCACAUCCUGAAUCACAGGGCAUGCAAUGCUUUUUAUUAUUUGUCAUUUUGACAUAGUCUCAAAUUCAGCAGUGGCUCUUUAGAAAAUGAUUUUUAAAAUUCACCUUUAACCUUGAAAUAUGAAACUUCAAUUAAAAAUGUUUUAUUUCUGAUUUACCACCGAGUCAGAUUUCUGUGAUCAUGUAUAAAUGUCUGAAUAGAAUGAAAAGAAUGAAACUGUGAUAAAACUCAGAGGUUGCAUAUUACUUUUGUUGAUGCUACAGUCGGUCAGCAGCUUUACAGAACUGUUUUUGCUGUUUAACUUACACAAUACAUGCCUGUGCCUGAUGUCUGCAAUUACUGGAGAAAGUACAUUCUGUAACCUUUGCCUUGUGGAUAAAGGGUAAAUAGGGUGUUUAAGUUGUUUAUGAAUGUUUGUUAUUUGAUGUCAGUUUCUUUUGGUCAUUCAUUAUCUCACACAGGCAGCACAUUCACUGACAAGCAUAAACAGGACCUGAAUAUUCAAGUCUUAGUCACUGUGGGCGAUUCCCCAUCAAGUGUUUUGUAAAAAUUCCACUAUGUUCUCAUUGGAACAAGACAGUACUCCAGCAGCUGCGUAGGAUGUGACUAAUAGUAUGUCCCCAGGAAUGGUUACUGUGCAGCCCAUAUGGAGUGAAAAUACAUGUUAACUCAUGAGGAGCUUAUGCAACAUUAGUGCUGCAAUAUUAAUUUCAAUAGAACAAUAGAACACAGCACAUUUAACAGUUAAUGACUUCAGUGUAAAUUAUAUGGGACGGGUUCACGAUUUUUCAAGUCUGUCUUAA